AUAGAUUCCACUUCACCUACCCAGAUCAAAACAGAUUACCUUCCAUGAUCUGAAUGCAGAAGACAAAAGAGCUUUCCUUUUCAUCACUGAUGACAUGUUUCCUCUUUUUUUUUUAAUUGGAUCAUUGGAUUAUUUGAUUUGAUUUUCAUUAUUUUUCCUGCCACACUUCUUGAAGUUUGUCCUGGCAGAUUAUAUGUGAGACUGGUCCGAGAGUUUUUUCUCUUCAGUGGAGUACUGUCCGCCCACCUGAGAUCUUUAUGAGUGAUAGCUAUCUCAUACGCUCAAAGUGGGUCUCGUGUCUUCUCGCUCUGUAGAACAGCCUCUUCUCUUCUGGAUGUUAAGUUGUCAUCUUGGCCAGAGACGGUGUGGACAUGGCUCAGGGUGGUAUUAAGUAUCCCUCAGUAUUCGUGGUGGACAGCAACGCCAGACCCCCUCCUCUGCCCCCCAAACCGGGCCGUAGACAGCGGCAAGGGGUGGGUGCCACACUGCUGGGUGUCCUGGUCAUUGUGGCUCUAUGUGGAAUGGCUGUGGAGGCCUGUUUCAUCUACCAUCUUUACUCAUCCAAAGACAAGCCAACCUCUGAAAAUGAUCCGCAGACUGCCAUGAGAAAACAAGAGAAAGACGAUGUUGUGUCCUUCAAGCCAAAACCAAAUGGAGUCAUGAAGCCAUCAAAACCAAUGGCACAUCUGACAACUGGUCAGCGUCCUAAUCAUGGAGUCCUGCUGUGGACGGAAAAUCAGGAAUCCAUCCUUUACCAUAUAAAACACAAGGUCAAUGAGGGCCAGCUCAUCAUAGAGAAGGAAGGUUUCUAUUCUGUCUACUCCAAGAUCUACUUAAAGGAGGAUAGCUUCAUGUUCAACCAUUCUGUACUCCAGAUCACACCUCGAUACUCAGGGGGAGAAAUUUUGCUUCUCCAGUCCAUUAGGUCCCAUCUUAAACCCCAGAGGCCUGGAACCAUAGACAACAGCUAUCUCAGUGGGGUGUUCCACCUGUUCAAAGGUGAUGCUGUUUUUGUCAGGGUUAAAAACUGCACACUAGUGUUGUCAAAUUCUGCUGCUAACUACUUCGGUCUCUUUAUGAUUUAGAUGUAUUCUGGAGUUAAAGUGUUACAAUACGGCAAACGUGUAGGAAUUUCACAGCUAGAUUUGAUAAUAAACUAAAUUUGAUCAUUUUAUGUUACUUGUAAUUUGGGAAAAAUAAAUAUGACAGCUAAACUAAAUUAUAUUUUUAAAAUGGUGUACACUCACAUGAGUUGUCUUCAAUAGAGGCUUAGAACAAGCCAUUUCAUUUUACAUUAGAGUCAAUGAUGUUGCCCGGCAUAUUUAGAUCACACGAACAGCUAUGCCUUGCAACUCCACAGAGUUAAUCAACAAAAACUUCAUGCAUUCAUGCUGACAGGUAUUAGAAUAAAUGCCAGAAAAUUCCAAUGCAUGGUCCAGUUAGCCCCUGCUGGUGCAGUAGAUGCUAUAACUACACCAGCUGGAACCAUACAGCAUAUUUCUCCAUUAAUGAUCAUUCAAAAGUUGCCAUGUACUGUGUGCUGAAGCAACAUUUCAAAAUCAGUUGCAAAUCUUUAAUUAUAUUAGCCCGAUUUUUGGAGGGCUCUUAAAAGUAUGAAAUGGACUUUGAUGUCACAGCUCCAGAUAGCCACUAGUGAAGGGUUGGUACUGAUCUUGUGGUGCCAUCAGCCAAUCAGCAUCGCUGUAACGGCAUUUUUCCGUGGCUUCAAGUUUAAUUAUUAAUGAUUGAUAUGGUAGUUACAGCUCAGGUUAUGGAUAAAAAAUUAUUCCAUUGGUUAAGGCAGCAGCCGAGUAAAUGCCAUUGAGAUGAAUGGAAAUAUUAUAAGAGUAGACCUCUUUAUGUUUAAUAGACCUAUACACCAUAAUUUACUGAGUAUUGAAACUGUAACUAUUACUUAGAGCACCUUUAGUUUGCUUUAUUUAUUAAAUAAUGCUGCUCUGCAAUGAACUGCAGUCCCCGCAGGAAUUCAUAUACAGGUACUUAUCAUUUAAAUAUAAAAAACAGAGUAAAUUCAAGCAGCAUCUCACAUUUUCAUUGUGCCUUGUUCUGAAUCACACAUUAUAUUUGAAGAACAAUUAAUAACCUAAAACAUUUCUCUCUCCAAAAAUAUUUUGUGCAGUGACCAUUCAACAGCAUUACAAUUAGAAGGUAUCAAGAUCUAAUAUUACAAGGUUGAAGGUCAGUGCAAAACGGCUAAUAAUGGCCUUAAAGGACUAGUUCACCCAAAAAUGAAAGAUUUGGUCAUAAUUUAUUUCUCACUUUAAAGUAUUAUAAACGUAGUACUUGCAGCUUGUGCGACAUAUUCCAAGUCUUCUGAAGACAUAUGAUAGUUUUUGGUGAAAACUGCCCAAAAUUGUAAGAUUUUCAGUGAAAAUCUUGGCAUCCAUUGCACUUUCACAGUGCUUGUUCACCCGAGAACUUGCCGCCUGGUCUCAUGAACUUCGUGGCUGUGGCAAAAUUUUUGCAAAACAAAAUGAUGUGCUUCAUUACAUGUUUAACUGCAGGUUUCCAGUAAACUGUCCAGCAGGGGGCUCCAAAGGCGAGUGAAAUGAUGUUGUAAUCAGAUGUAAUCAACCUGUAUUCAGGUGCAUAUUAGUUGAAACUUUGAAACUUUCAAAGUUUUUCAAAUGAGGCAUAAAAGUAAAGAUUUUUGAUAUCAUAACAUAGCAGUAUGUGAGUAACAGAGCAAACAAUAUGUUUAUAAAGUCAUAAUCAGCUAUUGUAGUUGUGAUUUAAAUAUAACACACUGUUGUUGUAGCAUCUGAAGUGUUAAUUUCACCAGAAAAACUGCCAUGAAACAUAGAAUUUGGCACGUAAAAGUCAGUUUGCAAAAAUGCUCUUAUAGUAACGUUCAUUCUAUGUAACUAGGUUGAAAACGUGAGCUGUUUUUAGAGCUAAAUCUGCUGCACUCCUUUUGUGUUCCGCAUAUGAAAAAAGUCAUAUGGGUUUGAUAUGACAUGAUGGUGAAUAAAUAAAAUAAGGUUUUGUUUUUCUUCAGGUGAACUAUUCUUUAAACUAGGAACUAUUAUUACCUCAUGCAUCGCCGGCAGUCAGAAUCAAGAAAACAUAAACAUGAAGUUACAGCUCCUUUUGCACCUUGAUUUGUAUUGUCUUUUAUAUUGCUAUUUUUUACUAUUUGAAAUUAUUCUGAUAUUUAAUUAAACUAUAUGUAAUUCUCUGUAGAUGUUUCUUACAUAUACACAUGUAUAUCUCACAUUAGGUGUGGGAGUCCUGUGUUCACGUACAGUAUUUCGGCUGUAAGCACUGCACAGUGGCCAUUAUCUAUGUUGAUCCUUUUAUACAUCAUCAUCAUUAAUCUGUUGUAAACUUCAACUGGAACAGAACAAAUAAUUGAACAUGAAUGUUUGUAACAUUUUAAGUGUUGUUGGCUAUUUUUGAUAAUUUUUUUUCACUCAAAAUAAAAUGAUUG